AUGAGUAUUGACGACAAUAUCUUAUUAGUUAACACAGCCACCGAAACCGAUGAUACAUUGAAAACCGAUGCCAUUGCUCAAUGUUCUCUAAUCUCACUAGACACCAUCUCAAUACCUAUUCGUAUUAGCACAUCAUCACAUAAAUUUUGUGUUAUUUGUCGAUCUGAUCUUGAUGGAAAACAUGCUACCGUUAUUUCUGAAUCUAUUAGACUCACAUUACUUGUUCAACAUACAAUUUAUUUGAAACCCGGUGUGCGUUGUUGCAAGGAUCAUUUAAAUGGUAAUGGCUUAAAACCACAAGGUUUAAAUAUAAUCAAAAAGAAAUAUCCUCCUAUAACAUCUAUAAUGAUUAAUGAUCUUAUGGAUAUAAUCAAUGAAUUAAUAUUACAGGUAAAAAACUCAAAAAGUGAUAUUUUAAUACAAAAAAAGGUAUCUAUCUCCUUUGAUGAUCCAUUUCAAUAUUCUGAUGAUGAUUAUUUUACACUUAUUGGAAUCUAUAAAUCUGAUUUUGAUGCUUUAUGUGAACAAGUUAAAAUGCGAGAUACUGAUAACAGAUCGGUUUCAAUGGCAAUUGGCUGUCUACUUACAAAACUUCGAAUUGGAUUGAGUAACGAUGUUCUUUCGACACUUUUUUCAUUUGAUGACAAAAGGACUAUUGGGCACAUUGUUGAAAGUGCUCGUAAGGCACUUAUCGAAAACUUUGUACCUUCAUAUUUAGGAUUUCAUCACAUAAGUCGUGAAACAGUUAUCAAAUGUCAUACAAGACCAUUAGCUAAACAGCUUCUUACUGGUGGAAACGAUGCUGCUAUAUUAGUUCUUGAUUCAACAUAUCUUUAUGUUCAGAAGUCCAGUAACAAUUUAUUACAACGAAAACUUUUUAGUCUUCAUAAGAAUCGACCAUUAAUUAAGCCUAUGAUGAUAGUGGCAACAGAUGGCUACAUUAUUUCAGCUAUCGGCCCAUAUUAUGCCGAUUGGCGAAAUAAUGAUGCCAACAUUACUAAUCACCUACUUCGUACUAACCAAGAAAAUAUCUUGAGUUGGCUAAAAGCAGGUGACACAUUAGUAGUAGACAGAGGCUUCCGUGAUGUUAUAGAUUA